UCUCCCUUUUCCACACACAACCGCCCCGCGCCGCGCUUCUUUCCUCUCCGUCUCGUCCGGCCGUUUCCUCUUGUUUCACCUCCGGCGGCAGCGGCGGUGAACCGUGUGGAGAGAGCCAUGAGGACGAGGAGCGGGUCUCUCUAUUCCAGCGGCUGCGAGUUUGCGGUGGCCGUGGGGCAGAAGAGGAAGAGGGCGUCGUUGGGGCAGUCGGCGGUUGCCGGCGAGUGCUCCGGUGGCGGGCGCCGGAAGCGGCUUGCCGGAGGACCGGACUACCUGGACGAGCUCCCUGACGACCUCGUCCUCUCCGUCCUCUCCAAGCUCGCUGCCUCCGCCUCGGCGCCCUCCGACCUGCUCUCCGUGCACCUCACGUGCAAGCGGCUCAACGGGCUAGGCCGGCAUGACAUGGUGUUCGCCAAGGCCUCGCCGGCGUCUCUUGCCGUCAAAGCGGCGACGUGGUCGGAGACGGCGCAGAGGUUCCUCAAGCGAUGCGCCGACGCCGGCAACCUCGAGGCCUGCUACAUUCUCGGCAUGAUUCGCUUCUAUUGCCUUGGGAGCCGGAGCGGCGGCGCGGCGCUGCUGGCGAGGGCGGCCGUCGGCGGGCACGCGGCCGCGCUCUACUCGCUGGCUGUCAUCCAGUUCAACGGGAGCGGGGGCGCCAAGUCGGACCGCGACCUGCGCGCCGGCGCGGCGCUGUGCGCGCGCGCGGCCGCGCUCGGUCACGUCGACGCGCUCCGCGAGCUCGGGCACUGCCUCCAGGACGGCUACGGCGUGCGCCGCGACCCCGCCGAGGGGCGCCGCCUCCUCGUCGCCGCCAACGCACGCGAGCUCACCCUCGCGCUCGCCGCGGCCGCUUCGCACCGCACCUUCCCCGCCCUCCCGCUCGGCGCCGGCUGCCCCCUCCUCUCGGACUUCGGCUGGAGCCUCCCGGAGGCGGAGCCCCACGCGGCGAACCUAUUCAUGGUGGACUGGUGGGCCUCCAACAGGGGCCAUGCCGUCGCCAAGACAUCGGCAGCCGAAGCCACCGGCGACAGCGACGGCGACGCCGCCGAGCUCCGCCUGUGCUCCCACGUCCGCUGUGGGCGCAGGGAGACGCGGCGUCACGAGUUCCGGCGGUGCUCGGUGUGCGGCGCGGCCAACUACUGCUCCCGCGCGUGCCAGGCGCUGGACUGGAAGCGCGCGCACAAGGCGCAGUGCGUGCCCAUGGACCGGUGGCUGCUCGCCGGCGGCGAGGCCCAGUAACGGAGGGCACAAACUCCCAACGGCUGACGUACCAGUAGCCCUCCUCCAAGGCCACACGACUCUCUAGCCGUGCUGGUCCACUGCUCGUACGGUGGACCGGGUGUAGUGAAGGAAGGAGCAGCAGGAAGAAGGCGUUCCAUUUUUCUCUCUUUUCACCGAGGUUCCUGCCGUUUGGGUGUCGUCUUGUCAGAUGUACGUAUUCUACUAGGGAAGAGGAGUGGAGAGAUACCAGCGCCCUUUUUUUUUAUUUCUCUUUUUUAUUUCGACUACUACUAAGCUAGAGAAAUUUCAAGCCCUUUUUUAAAUGAGAUUUUUUUAGAUUUAUGCUAUUAUAAAUAUUACAAUUUUGAAA